UAAAUCCAGCCUGCACACACACAUAAAAUCAAAAUUGAAACCACAUAUUCAAUAAAGGCUGGGCACCGCACCAUGCCUCUAGUCCUUGGAACACUGCUGCUGCUGUGUCCAGAUCUAAGAGGGAGCCAAGCCUAAUACUGGGAAAUCCCUGCCUGCUUAACAGCCGCCCUCUUGCUGCCACCGGCCCCUGAUCGCUGGAAGAUGAAGGGCACGUCUAUCGCUUCUUUCUUGCUGCUGGCACUGGCGGUGCCCUGGAAUGUGGAAAACCGAGUCGAAGGACAACCCAAAGCACCUGUGAAAUGCAAAAAAUUAUGCACCGAAUUUUCACAAAAAAGAAUACCCCAGAAGCUGUUGAAGACCUAUAGGAAGACAGAACCAUCAUGUCCUAAAGCCGCUAUCAUAUUUGUCACUCAGAAGAAUAAAGAGUUCUGUGCAGAUCCAGAGGCGAGCUGGGUGAAGGAAGCAGUCCGACAGCUAAACCAAGCAAGUGCCCCUCUGAAUCUGCCACUUUCAAGCACCGUCACUUCUGCAGUUGUGGGAAAAGGGCCAGGCGUUUUUCACAGACUCGUUGGCGGUACUGUCUCUAAACCAACACAGCCCAGUGUUCCGGCCAAUCCCAUUCACGGGGCUGGCACACCAGGUUCUACAAAAUCCUUCUCUGCAUUACAAGAGACUGUUACUCCAUCUACUAUCCACCCUGAGCCUGUUGUCAAUGGCAGCGAAGUUUCCAUGAGAUCUAUUACAACGCCAGCAGUUGACGUACCAGACAGCACUUCCAGCAGAUUUCAUUCAGUUCCCACCCCUGUCAUGAAAAGCUCUGAGAGUUUCGUAGAAUCUAGAAACAAGUCCACAGGAUCUAUCAGUCCAACAACUGAUAUAUCUGGCACAGCUCCCAGGAGAUUUAAUUCAGAUCCCACCCCUGUCAUCAAAGGGUUUGAGAGUCCCAUACGACCUACAUACAAUUCUGUAAGCUCUACUAGAAAUCAAACAGCUGAUGGACUUGCCAGUGCUCCCAGUAGACUUAUUUCAGAUGCUCCAUCCAUUUUAAAUGGUCGUGCGAUUGUCAAGUUAUCACCUACGUUCCUGACAACACCUUCUCUACUAGAAUCUGUUCCCAGCAAGCCUGUUAUAGGCCUUGCAUCUAUGGGGCAAGUGAUUGAGAACUCUACCAUGAAACCCACAGCUGUUCUAAAAGGAAGUGAUGCCACCCAGGGAUCCACUCCACCUGGAGGAGAAAGUAGUUCUGUCAGUCCCAACAGUGGUGGUGAAAGAGAUGCUGUUAGUGAGUCUACGGCUGAUGCUCGCACAGGUAGCUACUUAUCUCCUUUAGGAAAGAAAGAUCCUCCUCGCUCUUUUCCUGAAUCCGUUUCACCUACAGAAAUGUCAGUCCUUUCCUUCAAAAGCCUCAUGAAACCCACAGCUGUUCUAAAAGGAAGUGAUGCUACCCGGGGAUCUACUCCACACCCCACAUCUCCUGGAGGAGAAAGUAGUUCUGUCAGUCCCAACAGUGGUGGUGAAAGAGAUGCUGUUAGUGACUCUACGGCUGAUGCUCGCACAAGUAGCUACUUAUCUCCUUUAGGAAAGAAAGAUCCUCCUCGCUCUUUUCCUGAAUCCGUUUCACCUACAGAAAUGUCAGUCCUUUCCUUCAAAAGCCUCAUGAAACCCACAGCUGUUCUAAAAGGAAGUGAUGCUACCCAGGGAUCUACUCCACACCCCACAUCUCCUGGAGGAGAAAGUAGUUCUGUCAGUCCCAACAGUGGUGGUGAAAGAGAUGCUGUUAGUGACUCUAUGGCUGAUGCUCGCACAGGUAGCUACUUAUCUCCUUUAGGAAAGAAAGAUCUUCCUCGCUGUUUUCCUGAAUCCGUUUCACCUACAGAAACGUCAGUCCUUUCCUUCAAAAGCUUCCCACUUCAGAACAGAGCAGAGGGGCCUUCAGAUGGUCCCUUGGUGUUCAGCAUUUUGCCUGCAUCCCGAACCCACAUCCUCAGACUUGCUUUGCUGGCGAGCGUUCUGGGGAUUUGCAGUGCCGCCGUAUGGAUGUAUAUGUAUUUAAAGGUCAAAGGCUGCCCUGGAGACUCCACUAAAGAAACGGUACAAGGCUUGCUCUUUAAUCAGCAGGGCUCUCGAACUAAUGAAUAUGCUAUGGAAGUCAUCUGAAUCGUUCAUGGCACGGACUUGGGUUCCUACCGCUAGUAGGUGGACUCUAGGACAUUACUCUAACUGGGAGCAGGGAGGCUAAACCUGGCACUAAUCAGAUUUAUACUGGACUAAGCCAAAAAACCGUGCAAGGCAAAUGGGCCAAGGACACUCACAGCUUCUGAGUGGAAUGCCAAAAAACACCCAGGGAGCCAAGGGUGACGUUUUAGGAAUGAGUUCCUUGGCUUUUAUCUUGCAUCAUUAUAUGCAAAGGUAACAGCAGUUAUAGAGCAGCUGGUUGCCAGUCGGUGCCAAAGGCAUGUUUUUGAACGGGUAUUGGAAUAGUUCCAUUCCGGCACUAUCCAGCUAAAAACCCAACCAAGCUGCUCUCAAGCUGAACGUUACGCCACCUCGAUCCUCUCCCUGCCUGAAGGGUGUGGUCCCAGACUUUGCAUUUGUUACCCCUCUGCUGGUUCACUCCCUGCACUCUGGGUCCCCAUGUGGUGCCAUUCUGUUCCAAUUCUGUUUGAGUGAUACCUGAGUUGUCACUCAACUGGUUGCUGGUUGUUCCAGUCUUCAAGGGCCAACCAUGCCACUAACUGUUACCAGACCUAACCACUUUGAGUCCAGUUUUCCAAUGUGGCUGCCUAAAGUUAGGCCUCUGAAUCCAGAUUUAGGCAGCUAAACCCCCACCUUAGGCAACUAAGAAUCAGCACUUAGUAGGGUGACCAGAUGUCCCGAUUUUACAGGGACAGUCCCUGGGACUUUAUCUUAUAUAGGUGCCUAUUAUCCCCCACCCCCUGUCCCGAUUUUUCACACUUGCUGUCUGGUUACUCUAGCACUUAGUGACCUAAUUUUCACAGAAUGUUGAGCACCUGCAACUUGACACCUGUGAAAAAUCAGACCAGGGUUGGCUAAAACAAGAAUUAAGGUGUCUAACUAUGGAUUCAGGGGACUAACUUUAAUCACCCACAUUGAAACACUGGACUCAUUGCUAAUCAAAUCUCUCCUCCAGCUGUGGUCCCUGGACCUAACCAGUUCCUAGCACAGAUGUGAUGUUACAGAACAAAGACAUACUGUUGUAUAUAUAAAAAAGAGCCGUUGUGAUACCGGGAAACAGAAGAAGCCACCAGACAUCAAACAUCUAGUGAUUUUUCUUUUCACUUGGAACCAACGUGGAGUCUGAUUGGUGAGCCGUUCUGUUUGACAGUUACAAAGGACAAUGAAUGGGUAGUUUACUUUCAGAGCACUGAGUAACUACCAGUAAUACAUUUGGACUUAGGAGGAUAGAAACUACUCUGCUGGAACAGACCAACGGUCCAUCUAGUCUAGUAUUUUGUCUCUGGCAGUGGCCAACACUGGCUGAUUCAGAGGAAGGUGUAACACUCCUACACUAAUGCACCUCUGUAUCUAUCUGUCCAUACAAUCAUAGAAUGUCAGGGUUGGAGGGGACCUCAGGAGGUCAUCUAGUCCAACCCCCUGCUCAAAGCAGGACCAAUCCCCAGACAGAUUUUUGCCCCAGAUCCCUAAGUGGCCCCCUCAAGGAUUGAACUCACAACCCUGGGUUUAGCAGGCCAAUGCUCAAACCAGUGAGCUAUCCCUCCCUCUCAGGCUUAUAUAGAGCAUCUAUCACCAUGGUAUUAAUGCAUUGUAAAGCUACUAGGCAACAGAUUUUUAUGCAAAUGGUUAUUGAUUUUAUACAGCUAGACAUUACAGAAUCUAAGUCCUGUGGGCCAAAUCCUGAAGGUCCCUUACUAAAUUUUUAUUGUCCUCACUCAGGACAAAUUUCCAUUGACCCCAGUAGGACUUUUGCCUGGGUAAGAAAUCGUCAGGAUAUGGGCCACUGUAGCAACACACACAUAUAUAUCACUAAUCCAGUGCUGCGCUUAUUGGCUUCAAUGUGAUCAGGAUUGGAGCUCCAAAAUAUAAAGGUGCGCGCGGAAAAAAAAAAAGUAAAACACGUAUAAUAUAACCUAAGACACAUAAAAUGCAGUUGCUUUAUCUGAGUAAUACACUAAGUACAUACAAACAGUAGAACAAGCUAACCACAGCUGAUUCUGUACUCAACUUCUAGGAAAGGAAAGAUAGACAAGGCACAGGUGCUGCGGUUACCCCAAUUAGGAACCAGCAGACACACUGUAUGGGAACUCUGACCCCGAAGCUGGGCUAAUGGGUUUCAUCCCAACAAUAUUUGUUUUUGACUGAGAUCCAGUUCCCUUCCCCCUGGGUGUUGGUUUUGUAAAGGGGGCUGGAGGUAACUUGGUACGAGGGAUUCAGAGUGUGAUCAGAUAUGAUGUAUACUUGAGUUUUCUGUGUGAAAUUCAGCCCUGUGCAGAGGGCCGGCACCCAAUGACUAAUGCAUUACUUUAGCCUAUUUGGAAGUACAUAGGCCUUCAUGCACGGGGGUGAAUUUAGCCCUAUGGGAAUAGUAACCCAUAGCUUGUCAGAAUGAUGUACAAAGGAUAGUCCUUUAAAUACAAAAGUUAGCCUAUUAUUUUUAUAGUACCUAUCUUUAGAAAUGUAAUGCAAAUGCAGGGUGCAGGCUACUGAUCUCCUACCCCGUCCCUUGUUCGUGAACGUUAGCAAUGCCUGGGACUGACUGAUGUCUUCGGUACAAAACUGUGUCCUCUUGGUGUUCUAGCAAGGAGGGUUCUAGCAAUGAUCAUGGACUUCAUCACAGAAUAGCUGGAGUUCGAUACUGCAGGAAGGAGGACUGGUGACUGAGCAGCUAUUGUCUUCCCUCUUCCCACUAAGCCAGUUCUGGACUAACGGCCCAGGAGGCCGUUAAGGGGCACUUUGAUGUUAGACCUGCAGACCUAAAACUGAAGUCUGGGCCACUGAAAGAUCCCAUGACACUUUUUGUGAGAGAAGAGGCUUUAGUUCCAGUGUCCUGGCCCAAUGCCAUCUCAGAUAGUUAGAUUCUGCCCCCUACAUUCCUCCUGCGGCUGUUUAUAAAGGGCAUUCUUCUGCUCGAAUGGCUAUUCCUCCUUUCUUGAUCGAAACUGUUAUGGUGCCUUGGGGUGGGUGGCGAAAAGCUGGCACCUUCCAUUUCAGUGGUGGGUGCAGUGACCCUUAAAUGUGGUCUGCACAGGGCAGGAGCAACCCUAAUGCCCCUAGCAGUAGGGUAGUUGUGGAGCAGGUGGGGCAUGGACGCCCUCCAGCACCAUGCUCCAGCCACUUGGCCCUGCCCCCUUAUCCAGUCCACACUUACCCAGACAGAGUUGAUUGCCCCUGGCUGUAAUCAGUGUCAUUUUUACGCUCAGGGCUACAAGCAUCCAUAUUGUGUAGGAUAAGGCAGCUAGGGAGUUCUUGGGACAGCUGACUGGCCAGUGUGUUGGUGGAACUUUGGAAUUACUUUCAGCUAAUAACGGGCCAGUAAUUUUUUUAAACAGUUGCAGUUUCUUAGCAAAUGCAAGCUCACAUUGGGCCCAAUCCGCCGCCACUGAAAUCAGAGGCGAAUUUUGCCAUUGACUUUUACUGGUGCAGGUUUGGGCUUAUUAUUUCUUUAAAAAAUCCUGCACAAUGGUCAUGUUGGCAGAGUGCGGGAGGACUGACUGUCCAGGGUGGACCUUUGUUAUAUUGGGGUGAUGUGGCUGGAAACUGGAUUUCAAUUGCAUGCUCUGUAGUAUUUAAAGUGUUAUUUAAUUUAAAGCACAAGGUGAAAAGGAUUGGCGCGUGCUAAGAUGUAGUAUUGUACCUGGUAAAUGUAUUGUAUUCUGUUUUGUAUUUUCAUAAAAAAAA